ACGAACCUCGCCGUUUUCAUCGACGGAUGAAGCAUUUCAAUUUCAUCACGACACAACAUAAAUGCUGGCGAAACCUACCGUUAUUACUCCGUGCACAUCACUCCCAACAUCAGGACAUCCAUCUCAUCCAAAAUACGCUCACAUUCAUCAUCACAGUUUAUCAAGAGGCAUCGUCUGCAUUUGUUUAAACAUUCGUAUAUUCUUCGUCCUGUUGGCCUUUCAAGCCGCGGUAUCUAAACCACACACACAUGCGCCAUAAAAAUCCCGGACACACUGAAGUUUCCCAUGAAAUUGCAACACCAGGGCGUUCCAAAAAAAAA